AUGCUGUUGGGGUGCAAGUUUUUUGAGGCCAACAAUAUCACCUAUAACAAAUUGGUUGUUACCGGUACCCCUGGGAUUGGAAAAACUGUUUUCUCUGCCUACUAUGCUGCAUGCGCAGGAAAAACUGUUGUGUGGGAGCCCCUCAUACUUCCAGGAGCUGAUCCUGUGACCUAUUUGAUGACGACAUCUAGUGGUGUUGAACUGCUAGAUACUAAGAGUUCCACCUUAUCCACGCUCUCGCGUAAUCCGACACAAUAUACAUUGCUCAUGGACUGGGUUUUCAAAUGGUACGGCGGUGUGCCCAGACACGUUCUUGAGUUGGCAACAACUGCAUUCAAAGAACAUCACGGCGAUGAGGACAAGGCGUUGAAAGCUCUGGUCCAGGGAAUGAAUCAAGCCAUUCACAAAGUCACCCCAGUGGAGAGCUUGGACAAUUUCACUUGGCACGGGCACUGCCCCAAGUUGAGCAUGAAAUGGUGGUCAGAUUUGCACAGGAACUUUGAACUGACAUUCAAAACUUUCUCCAAACUCCUUCCAAUGGUAGCAAUUACUGUGGACUGGUAUUUGAGAUGCACACUCAAAGCUUGUUGCAAGAAGGCGGAAGAUUUCAAGUCCGUCAACUUGGUAAAGGAGAUCCACAAACUGGCCAGAGCAUUACAAUCACAUUUUCUGAAGCUGGGUGUCAAACCUUCAAAACUUACAAAGAAGUUGACCUACGCACCAAUGUGUUCUGGAAGCCGUGCAGUCCAAAUCUGGCAUCAAUUGAUUUGUUGCGUGGACCAGCAAAUGUUUUUCAAAUUACUGUUUCCAACACACAUCCAAUCAAGCAUGAGGGCCUCAACAAAGCCCUGA